AUGGAAACGGAUGCGGAAAAACCAAAACCAACUGAGAAUAGUAAUACGGUAAGAUUUAUAUUUUUCCGAAAGCUUCUGAGAACGCGGAGAACGAUGCGGAAGCUUUUUAGUCAAAAAUACAUCGAACAUUUCUGUUUGGAGCUCAAAAUUGGUCGAUUUUCAUGAUAUUCAGCUCAAAAAUUCCCAAUUUAAUAGAUUUUUGACCAAAAAUCCAGUUUUCUAGCUUCAAAUCCAUCAAUUUUAAUAAUUCCUAUCUUAAAAUCCCCAAUUUUCCAGCUCUACCGUCUAUUCCUCGUCAUCUUCGGCCUAAUAAUAAUCUUCAUCUUCGCAGCGCCACAAGAAUUCGAUAAAAUCCUCAAAGAAAUCCUUCCACCCUCCACAACAGAUGGACCUGGAUUUCCGAUUUCCCCAAAACCUCAUCCAAAAAUCCUGGCAAAUGGCUACAAAACCGAUGAUUCAACAAUCUUCCGCCUCCCAAAUCUCAUUUCUCCGAUCGAAUAUGAAUUAACGAUUCAAGCAUUCCUGCCAGGUUUCGGAUAUCAAGCUGAUUCAAGAAAUAUGACAUUCGAGGGAGAAGUUCUGAUCAAAUCCGAAGUUCUCGAAUCUACUAAUCAGAUUUUUCUCCAUGCUCAGGAAUUGAAUAUUCUUCAAGUUAAAAUAAUGGGCGAGGAAAAAGCUGAAGAACUUCAAGAAGUUAUAAUUCAUCGCAACUAUAUUGAGAUCAAAUUAGCUAAGGAUCUGGAGAGAUCUUCAAAGAUCACAAUAUUCGUCAAAUAUUUCGCUAAACUUCGAAAUGAUUCAAAAGGCUUCUACGAUACCACUUAUAUCGAUGAAAAUGGGCAACCUAGAGUAGCAGUUGUCACACAAAUGGAGCCGGAUUCUGCAAGACUUGCAGUUCCAUGUUUCGAUGAGCCAGCUUAUAAAGCAGUUUGGAAGAUGACUAUAAUUCAUCCGAUUGGAACACAAUCUCUCUCGAAUAAUGAUCUAAUUGAUACAAAAGAGUAUGACAAUGAAUUUCUCAUUUCAACAUUCCUCGAUUCGCCAAAAAUGUCAUCAUAUCUUCUAGCAUUCUUUAUAUCCGAUUUCGCGCAUAUCCAAACCUACACAAGAGCAGGAAUUCGUGUGAGAGUUUGGGCGAGAGCUGAAGAGAUCAAGAAUAUGGAGAUGGCUUUAAUAUCAGCCGUGAAGAUAAUCGAUAAAUUCGAGGAUGAUUUUGGUGUGGCGUAUCCGAUGACGAAAUUAGAUAUGGUUGAAGUCAAGGUUUUUGAGGCAGGAGCGAUGGAGAAUUGGGGAUUAGUGACGUAUCGCGAUGGAUGUUUGGGGUAUAAUGAGAAGUUGGAUAAUUUGAGAAGGAAGAGAUUUGUGAGAAUUAUUAUUGCACAUGAAUUAGCGCAUCAGGUGAGCAUUUUCGCAUCUUCUGCUUCAGGAGCCACGCAGAUUACUAUGACGUUUGAGAUAUCAUUGUAAUCCACGUGGCUACUAAAGCGGAAAAUACCACCGCUUAACUUUUAAAAAAAAUCCGAAAUUCCAGUGGUUCGGAAACCUGGUUACAAUGGAAUUUUGGACUAGAAUUUGGCUCAACGAAGGAUUUGCGACUUUGUUUGAAUUGACUGGAGCUGAUGUGGCAGCAAAAAUGAAUUACAACGAGGUUGGAUUUUUUAGAUAGAUUUUGAAUGACAAAUUUUUCAAGAUCUCGUCAUAGGCGGUCCAAAAAAGUCCAUUGUUUUUCAGCGCAAUCAUUUCUUGCUCGAAGUUCAAAAUGACGCCCUCCGCUACGAAUAUCUCAGCCUCUUCCAACCAAUCGAUUUGCCAAAUCAUCCAAUGACUUUCGAACUCAAAAAAUCCGACAAAAUUGGCACAUUUUUCAGUGGAAUCAGUUAUCAAAAGGCCGCUUCAGUCUUAUCAAUGAUUCGAAAAGUUGUCGGAAAAUCGGUAUUCGAUGAAGGACUUCGCAAUUAUUUGAAAGAAAAUCAAUAUAAAAAUGUGGUUGAUGAGGAAUUAUACAAACAUCUUCAGAAAUCAUAUGAUCGACAGAAUAAUCAAGUGGAAAGCUUAAAUAUUGAAAGUUUUGCGAAAUCCUGGACAACUAAGACAAUGUUCCCUGUAGUUUUUGUGAAAAAAAUUGCUGAAGAUCAAGUUGCACUAAAACAAUUUGUAUUCGCUAAACAAAAUGAGACAAUUCAAAUGGUAGAUAUGGAAGAAGCUUGGGAUAUUCCAAUUUAUUAUCAAAGAGAGUUGGGAAAAACCGAAUUUUUAUGGUUGAAAAAGGAUCAUGUUAUUAUCGAAAAUGCUAAAUUUGUUGUCUUGAAUGUGGAUUCAGAUGCAUUGUAUCGUGUAAGAUAUGAUGAUGCACUUUGGCAAAUUAUUUCUGAGCAAUUAAAUCAAGAUGAUUCGAUGUUUUCGGUGCAAACAAAAUAUCGAUUGGUUUCAGAUUCCACAGUUUUUAAUCAGGAAUUGGCGAUUGUUGAAUAUUUGAAGAGGGAAACAGAGAAAUUGCCGAUAAUACCGUAUAUUGUGGCUAUCAGCUCGAAAGAGCAAUUUGAUGAUUUUUAUAAGGAUAAAAAAGUUGGAGGAGCGUUGGAAAAAUGUUGUGGAGAAUUAUGCGAAUGAUGAGAAGAUUCAUGAAGUGUGAGUUUUUUUGGAACGAUGGGAAAAGUUCUAGUAGGCCUUCUAGAAAGCAUUACCCAAUGCAUGUUAUAGCAAAUCGUUCUCGUGUUUAAGAAGCCCGUGAAAAAAUCAACUAAUUUUUUCAAUAAGUUUUUCUCGAAUUUCAGCGAGCUCGACUAUAACACAAUCGUAACUCAAUGCAAAUUCCAAAAUUGUCUCCCAAUAGUUCAAAAAUUCAUCGAUCAAAUGAAAACAUGCGGUCCCACUCAACAAAUCUCGCAAUGCUCUACAGUACCAGCACAACUUCGUGAACUGGUAUACUGUGUUGGCAAAAAGUAUGACGUGGAAUUCAAAGAACUUGUUGAAAAAUGGAGAUUGGUUGAGAGAAGAGCAUCAGAAGUUUAUUAUUUCGAUAGAAUCGAAAAAUGUUCGCCUAAAGAAUAUGAACGAAAAUCGGCGGGAGCUCGUACUAAGCACAACUUUGAGAUGGAACAAUAUGAGGAAAUGAUGAAGGAAUUGAGAUAUCGUGGAAUUCAUUGA